UCCCUCUUCAGGGGAAGGAACUUCGGAGGCAUUCGCCCGCCCAUCUGGACACCCGUGGGGCAGGGGGUCGGCCCUGAGGAGGGCAGGCAGCCGGGGCCCCUGGGUCAGAGGUCAGGGCGCUGCUACCUGGCCAGGUACAUGAGGGACGUGGCGCCUAGGGGACAGGGAGGGGAGGCCUGCCGGGUGUCCCCAGCACACCAGCUGAGCCCAGAGGCCGCGCCUGACUGCCUGCCUGCCUGCCGGGGCCCUCCAGGAGGUGUGCUGCUUUCUCCGGCUGGGUCCAGAAUGCUAACUGAAGGAGCCCCGCCCCCCCAGGCCCGCGAGCAUGGUGGUGCUGAAGGGCGUCCCCGCGCUACUUUCCCCUGAGCUGCUCUUCGCCCUGGCGCGGAUGGGGCACGGAGACGAGAUCGUUCUUGCAGACGUGAACUUCCCCACCUCCUCCAUCUGCAGGUGUGGCCCCGAGGAGAUCCGCGCCGACGGCUUGGGCAUCCCACAGCUCCUAGAGGCCGUGCUGAAGCUGCUGCCACUGGACACCUACGUGGAGAGCCCGGCUGCUGUCAUGGAGCUAGAGCCCAGUGACUGGGAGAGAGGCCUCCAGACCCCCGUAUGGAGAAGCUAUGAGUCCAUCCUCUUCAUGGCCGGCUGCACGGGCCCUGCCUCUGCCUUUGGUCUUGAAGAGGACCUGGAGAGUGAGGUCACAGACCGGGACACACAGCCACAGAGAGGUGGGACUGCCACAGGCCCACACCUGCUCCCGGGCCCUCAGACCAGGGGCUGCUCCCCACCCUCAGCCGCUGCACCCCACGUUCUGGUCAGAUCCCACGCUGCAGGCACCAGCCGCCCACGUGGAUCUUCCAGCUUCUGGCGUCUGUCCUGGCUGCUGCACAGGGACACACAUGCACCUCUCAGGGGGGCAGAGCAGCUGUGCACGUGGCUCCCUCAGGGCCAGGCCGCACGUCUCUCUGUCCCAGAGCUGUGGUGGAUGGUGGUACCAUCACCUGGGCUAGAAGCCCAGGAGGAGGCGGGAAGGAUGGUGCCUGCUCACAGCCAGCCUGACCUCUGGGGAGGCCGCGGCCCACAAGGGGAGGAGGUCCAGGACCAAGCCCCCACAGGGGGCCUGAGGAGCCAUGGCCCAAGGCAGGAGACACAAAGAGACACACAGGAUGGAAGGUGACUGAUGGGCUCGGCAGCAAAAGGCCCUGGAGGCCUCGUCUAAGACGGUGUCAGGAGGGCAGAGGACAGGAGGCUGACUGGUGCGCCUGUAUCUGAGUGUGUGUGCACCUGUGUGUGUUUGCAUUAUUAAAAAAACAGACAACAGGCCCAGAAUGGGUCGCUAUACCAAGCCCCACAUCGGGAGACGGAGACGAGUUGGUCACAGCUCCACUGUCCCAGAAAUGGAACUGGAAACCAGCUGGUCUGGAAGCCCAGGCCCAGCACCAGUGAGGUCACCCGCCUGACCCAACCUGCCAGCCCCUCCAGGAAGUCACCUUGAAUGACCACCUGCUUUUGCCAGUGUAACUUCCUUGUUCCGCCACUUUCUGCCUACGAAAGUCUCUCAUUUUGUACAGCUCCUCAGAGCUCCUUUCUAUCUGCCAGAUCAGAUGCUGCCCGAUUUGAACUGAUUUUUGCUCAAGUAAACUCAAAAUGUUUCGUGCACUUCA